ACCCAGGGAAUGCAAUCCCCAACACCAACUACACGGAUGACAGACAUGGCAGAGGAACAUCCCGCACUCACCCCUACCCAGCCCAUAACCCAGGCGGCACAAAACCCAACAACAUCAUCGUUGACGACAAACUCAGGACAGAGUCUCCCCAGGACAACGGGCUCUCUCUCCCCUCGCCCCAGCGUAACCCAGGCGGCACAAAACCCAACAACAUCAUCGUUGACGACAAACUCAGGACAGAGUCUCCCCAGGACAACGGGCUCUCUCUCCCCUCGCCCCAGCGUAACCCAGGGAACGCAAUCCCCAACACCAACUACACGGAUGACAGACAUGGCAGAGGAACAUCCCGCACUCACCCCUACCCAGCCCAUAACCCAGGCGGCACAAAACCCAACAACAUCAUCGUUGACGACAAACUCAGGACAGAGUAUCCCCAGGACAACGGGCUCUCUCUCCCCUCGCCCCAGCGUAACCCAGGCGGCACAAAACCCAACAACAUCAUCGUUGACGACAAACUCAGGACAGAGUAUCCCCAGGACAACGGGCUCUCUCUCCCCUCGCCCCAGCGUAACCCAGGCGGCACAAACCCCAACAACAUCAUCGUUGACGACAAACUCAGGACAGAGUCUCCCGAGGACAACGGGCUCUCUCUCCCCUCGCCCCAGCGUAACCCAGGGAACGCAAUCCCCAACACCAACUACACGGAUGACAGACAUGGCAGAGGAACAUCCCGAACUCACCCCUACCCAGCCCAUAACCCAGGGAAUGCAAUCCCCAACACCAACUACACGGAUGACAGACAUGGCAGAGGAACAUCCCGCACUCACCCCUACCCAGCCCAUAACCCAGGCGGCACAAAACCCAACAACAUCAUCGUUGACGACAAACUCAGGACAGAGUCUCCCCAGGACAACGGGCUCUCUCUCCCCUCGCCCCAGCGUAACCCAGGCGGCACAAAACCCAACAACAUCAUCGUUGACGACAAACUCAGGACAGAGUCUCCCCAGGACAACGGGCUCUCUCUCCCCUCGCCCCAGCGUAACCCAGGGAACGCAAUCCCCAACACCAACUACACGGAUGACAGACAUGGCAGAGGAACAUCCCGCACUCACCCCUACCCAGCCCAUAACCCAGGAUAAACCUCGCAAUGUCAGUAUCUCACUGACCGAGGGACACCAAGGCAGACUGCAGGAAGGGGACUCUGUUACCUUACGGUGUGAUGUUCUCUAUACUCAACCAGCCGUCACUGGGUAUUCCUGGUAUCAGGACGGAACUCGGCUCCCCAGCGCUUGGAGUCAAACCAUGGAAAUCAGAAACAUCACCUUCUCGCAGUUUGGGGAAUAUUUCUGUGAAGCGAGAAACACCAUUGGGAGCGGCAGGUCGGAGGGGAUUGAACUGAGAGGACAGUACGGACCGAGAAACGUGGAGAUUAUUUCUGAGGAUACAGUGAUGGAGGGGACCGAGAUCACGUUAACGUGUCGAGGUGAAGCCAACCCCCCGGUUCAUACCUACAGCUGGGGGAAAAUGUGCAGCGGACAACGGAAAGAUCUGCGAGAAAAUACCGACACGAUUAGGAUUCAACCCACCAGGAAUGAUGCAUCUUGUAGCUACAUCUGUACAGCAGGGAAUUCUGUCAGCUCCCGGGAUUCUGCACCCAAACACAUUAAUGUACAGUAUGGUCCUGGAGAUGUUACCAUUGUUCGCAAUGAGCCACAGGGAGAGGUGAAGGAGGGAGACCGGGUUACCCUGACCUGUAACUCCAGGAGUAAUCCCGGAGCUCGCUACACCUGGUAUAAGGACAGUGUGAACACAGCAGCUAACAAGGGGACAGGGAACAUCCUGACCAUUCGCUCCAUCACCCCAACGGAUUCUGGAGAUUAUUACUGCAAAGCGGAAAACAUUAUUGGAAGACAAACCUCAAAGAGCUUCAGGAUCGAGGUGCUCUUGGACGACUCCGGGACUGAGGCACAGCGUGGAAUACCAAUCCAGAUACUCGUUGUGAUCGUCCUCUCUGUUCUCCUGUUCGUCAUCAUAGUCUGCCUUGUCUUCAAACGCAAGGGUCGCUGUCUCCAUGGUUCCCGGAGCCGGUGCUGGGUUUGAAGAUGUUGCUGAUGGAGUGUGGAAUGUUUGAAAGCUGCCUUCCGCUGGGAUUGAGCAGGAAUUUUCUGGCUGAACCUGUGGGGGAUCCCGCAGCGGGGAAUCUCGGAUAGGCACGGACACAGAAUUCUAGACGGACAAUGUGGGAGGAUGCGUGAAUAGUCCUCUCCUCCCUCCCUCUCUGUCUCUCUCUCUCUCUCUCGCUCUCUCUCUCUCUCUCUCCCUCUCUCUGUCCCUCUCUCUGUCCCUCUCUCUCUCUCUCUCUCUCGCUGUCUCUCUCUCUCCCUCCCUCUCUCUGUCUCUCUCUCUCUCCCCCUCUCUCUCUCUCUCUCUCUCUCUCCCUCUCUCUGUCCCUCUCUCUGUCCCUCUCUCUCUCUCUCUCUCGCUGUCUCUCUCUCUCUCUCCCUCUCUCUGUCUCUCUCUCUCUCGCUGUCUCUCUCUCUCUCUCUCUCCCUCUCUCUGUCUCUGUCUCUCUCUCUCUCUCUCUCUCCCUCUCUCUCGCUGUCUCUGUCUCUGUCUCUCUCUCUCUGUGUCUCUCUCUCUCCCAGAUUUGGGGAAAACUGGAAUUUGGUGUGUGUGUGUGUAAGCCAGGCCUGAAGGAGGCGAUUCAGUCACAGAGUCAUAGAGAUGUACAGCACAGAAACAGACCCUUCAGCCCAACCCGUCCAUGCUGACCCAGAUAUCCCAACCCAAUCCAGUCCCACCUGCCAGCACCCGGCCCAUAUCCCCCCAAACCCUUCCUAUCCAUGUCCCCAUCCAGAUGCCUCUUAAAUGCUGUCAUUGUACCAGCCCCCACCACUUCCUCUGGCAGCUCAUCCCAUACACGUACCACCCUCUGGGGGAAAACGUUGCCCCUUAGGUCCCUUUUAUAUCUUUCCCCUCUCACCCUAAACCUAUGCCCCUCUAGUUCUGGACUCCCCCACCCCAGGGAAAAGACCUUGUCUAUUUACCCUAUCCAUGUCCCUCAUGAUUUUAUAAACCUCUAUCAGGUCACCCCUCAGCCUCCGACGCUCCAGGGAAAACAGCCCCAGCCUGUUCAGCCUCUCCCUGUAGCUCAGAUCCUCCAACCCUGGCAACAUCCUUGUCAAUCUUUUCUGAACCCUUUCAAGUUUCACAACAUCUUUCCGAUAGGAAGGAGACCAGAAUUGCACCCAAUAUUCCAACAGUGGCCUAACCAAUGUCCUGUACAGCCGCAACAUGACCCUCCCAACUCUUGUACUCAAUACUCUGACCAAUAAAGGAAAGCAUACCAAACGCCGCCUUCACUAUCCUAUCUACCUGCGACUCCACUUUCAAGGAGCUAUGAACCUGCACUCCAAGGUCUCUUUGUUCAGCAACACUCCCUAGGACCUUACCAUUAAGUGGAUAAGUCCUGCUAAGAUUUGCUUUCCCAAAAUGCAGCCCCUCACAUUUAUCUGAAUUAAACUCCAUCUGCCACUUCUCAGCCCAUUGGCCCAUCUAGUCCAGAUCCUGGUGUAAUCUGAGGUAACCCUCUUCACUGUCCACUACACCUCCAAUUUUGGUGUCAUCUGCAAACUUACUAACUGUACCCAUUACGCUCACAUCCAAAUCAUUUAUAUAAAUGACAAAAAGUAGAGGGCCCAGCACCGAUCCUUGUGGCACUUCACUGGUCACAGGCCUCCAGUCUGAAAAACAACCCUCCACCACCACCCUCUGUCUUCUGCUGUUAAGCCAAUGUCAUAUCCAACUGGCUAGCUCUGAAUCCCAUCCGACCGAACUUAGUUUAAUCUUGGUAAACCGUCCAGUCCUGUCGCUAAUGCCUUCCUUCACUGAGGGAAACAAGAUGGCCCCCGGUAUCUGACACGGGGUCUCCGCGAAACGCUAUGUUGUGAAUAUGUUGCUGUAACAACCAAUCAGUUCAGGCUUUCUGCUUCUCUAACGCCUUCAAAAUAAAACCUUCAAACAUCUUCAAAA